AUGUCUGUCUCCGUCGCACUUCCGUUCGCACCGCCCGCUAAGACGCCCCUGGGACGGCAUCGACUUCUCUCGCCCAAGGCAUCCAUCCGCGUCAGUCCCCUGUGCCUCGGCGGCAUGAGCUUCGGUACUGCGUGGAAAGAUUUCAUGGGCGCAUGCGACCAAGACACCACAGAGAAGAUCCUCGACUUCUUUUACGAGAAUGGAGGCAACUUCGUUGACACCUCGUGCAAUUACCAAUUCGGCGAGUCUGAGCAGUGGAUCGGCGAGUGGAUGAAGAAGCGCGGCGUACGCGACGAAAUAGUCAUCGCCACCAAAUUCACCACCAAUCUCCGCUCAGGUGAGGGUGACAAGAAGAUCAUUUCCAACUUCCAGGGCAAUGGACCCAAGAGCUUGCGUCUGGCUGUCGAGUCCAGCUUGAAGAAUCUGCAGACCGACUAUAUCGACCUGCUUUACGUGCACUGGUGGGAUUACUCCAGCUCCAUCCCCGAGUUGAUGCAGGCAUUGAACCACUUCGUCGCCUCCGGCAAAGUUCUCAGCCUGGGUAUCAGUGACAGCCCGGCUUGGGUAGUGAGCAAGGCUAAUGAGUACGCGCGAAACCACGGCCUGGCCCAGUUCUGCGUCUACCAGGGACGAUGGAGCGCCUCGCGACGAGACUUCGAGCGGGAGAUUAUCCCCAUGUGCCAGGAUGAGGGGAUGGGCCUGAUUCCGUGGGGUGCCUUGGGGGGAGGUACUUUUAAGACCGAGGAACAGCGUCAAAAGGCUAGCAAGGAGGGUCGACAGGUGCAGGCGCGAGAGCUUGAUAUCCAGGUCAGCAAGGCCCUCGAGGUGGUGGCCAAGAGAAAGAACACUCUGAUCACCAGUGUGGCACAAGCAUAUGUGUCCAGCAAGGUCCCCUAUGUCUUCCCUCUGGUGGGUUGCCGUACCGUCGAGCAUCUCAAGGGGAACAUUGAUGCACUGAGCAUCCGGCUGAGCGAUGAAGAUAUCAAGGAGAUUGAGGAGGCAUCGCCGUUUGAGGUUGGCUUCCCGCAUGAUUUCCUUUUCCGCAAUGGGCUGCCUAAGACAGUACAGGACGUCGUCUUGUUGGGUAUGGGGGGCUCGUUUGACUAUGUUCCCGAGCCAAAGUCCAUCGCUCGG